AUGUCUAGGUUUAAAUCUAUUAUUGGAUGGUGGGACAUCGUUGUUGAUAACUUGAUAGAGCUUAGUGAGUUUCUGGAUUAUGAAAUGAAGGUGUACGGCAAUGGUGUGGUGGAGGUGAAGGUGGAGGUGGAGUUGGCCAUUAUUAAAGAGAAGACCAUUCUUUGUAAUGGUACGAAAGGGACGGACUCUGUAAACAUGUCAAAUUUUUCACUAGCUGCACAUUUCCAUAAUGAUAUUGAUAGCCCCUCUCUCCGCCAUAGCAGACGACGUAGCCGGCAAUCGCAGCUACGUCCGGUGAGGUAGGUCUCUUCCUCUCCUCUGUCUUAUACCCAUUCCGUUUUGUUUUUUCUUUUUCCUCUGGACUUUAAUUAACAAACCCGGACCUUUAACACACCUCCGGCUCACCAAUCACCACCGAUUUAAGUCACCACUACCAUCGACCUCUGCACCAUCCACCAGCACCGGCGACCCAAAACAUUUACGCGUUUAAAGUCAAGCCAUCACCGGAUUGCUGUCAGAUAGCGAGAGGGCUCAACCACUAAUUUUGUUUUUUUUUUUUGAGGUGUUAUUUGAAGGAAGAAUGUUAAAUUUGUGCUUUGUUCUUACUUGUUAGACUAGAGUAUUUGGAUAC